UAUAGUAGCCCAGAGGUGGACAAGUCUAACUAAAUUGGCCCCAAACGCAAAGGGUGAAAGGUGACGCAGUGGAUGGGAACGCACCGUGGACUCGGUGGGUCAAACCGCGGACGAAGUUUGGUCAAGUGUGCCUACGUCCAGCGUUGGACGGCCUGCCCAGAUAUGAUUGACCAUGACGUAAUUAUGAUUGACGUGUGCGCGGGACGAUGACUGAGAUGAAGGAUCUCCACAAGUUGCUGCUGCGCAGGUACCACCGCCAGCUGGUACGGGACAUGCAGACCACCAGGGUGCUCGUACAGAUGUUGGCGGUAUUUGACCAGAGCGAGGAGGCGGAGGUUCUGGCCGGCCAGACUCCCACAGACCGCGCCACCAGGUUCCUGAAGAUCCUGCCACAGAAGGGAGCGGAGGCGUUUGAAGCCUUCGUCAAAGUCUUGGAGAAGAAACAGCCCGAGCUCGCCCGUCCGCUGAGGGAGGAGGGGCUGAGGGAGUCUGCAUCCUCCAAGAACGGUGAAAAGGCGACGUUCCUGUCCCAGCAGCUGCGCCAUAAACUGUCCUCCCUCCCCGACUUCACGCCGUCACAGUGGUUCAGACUAGUGGAGAAACUCCCGUUCGAGGGGGAGGAGAGGAAGAGCCUGGAAACGCAGAACGGUUCGUACCCGGUAUUACGGCUGCUGGCGUCCUGUCAGAACGUUCCCAUCAGGAGAGUGGCGCGGGCGGCCCGAGAGGUGGAGAGGGGGGACGUGGCCGACACGCUCAGGGCCAACCUGCCUAAAGGAACCACGGGUCCGAAGUUAGCGGACACGCUGCCGAUCAAAGACCUGCCUCGGGACGUGCGGUUACGGCUAACUACGGAGCUCAACAUCUCCAGAUCAGCAGGUAAAGACUGGAAGCUGGUAGCAGAACGGAUCGGGGUCCUGCCGCAGACUGCCCAGCUCUGGGAGCACAACAAGGCCAGGAGUAACCCCGCUGAGAAGAUGCUGGCCGACUGGCACAAACGGCCGGACGCCACGGUCGCUAAACUCUAUCAGAUUCUCCUGGAUUGUAAGAUGGAGGACGUCGCCGAUAUACUGUAGCGAAAACAGCGAUUGAAAAAAAAAGACAACUGAUGCGGAAGAGAGCGCUAUAUUGUUAGAGUUAAGACAAUGAGAGGACAGUGAUGUUUUCAUCUAUUCAAACUCUACCAGAUUCUCCUGGACUGUAGAAUGGAGGACGUCGCCGAUAUACUGUAGGGAAAACGUCGAGUGUAAAAAAAAAAACGUGGAUGCACAAGAGAAUGACAUACGGUGAAGACAAUGAGAGGACAGCAACGUUGUUCUAAGUAUUAAAACUGUAUACCAGAUUUUCGUGUAAAAUUUAAAAUGGACUAUACAAUGGAGAACGUCGCCGAUAUACUGUAGGGUCAACGAGAAACAGAUGAAAACAGAUGCAGGAAAGCAGAAAAGAGGGAUGUCUUUUGUAGAGUUACGUGUACAUGUAAGACAACGAGAGGACAGCGCUUUGUUUAUCUAUUAUAACUCCACAAGAUUCUUGUGAACUGUAAAAUGGAAUUCUUGUGAACUGUAAGAUGGCUGAUAUACUGUAGGGAAAACAGCGAUUAAAACAACUGAUGCAGAAUAGAAGGAUUGAUAUAUAUAUAGAAUUAUAAGACAAUGAUAAGACAAAGUUGUCUUUAUCUAUUAAAACUGUAUCAGAUUUUCGUGGACUGUA